UACAGCUUGUGAACUCACUGUCUGACCCAUACUCCGGAACAGUAGGAGGCGGUAAUGCUCCUUUACGUUGGUUGCCAACCGCCGUUAAACACAAAGAAGAAGAAGAACUAUAUUGGUUUCUAUGUGAAGCAUGACCCUGAUGAUGCCAGAUGUGUCAGGGUGACUGACGGCGCGCGGUGGAUGUUUGUGUUGUUUGUGUCACAGCAUUCCUGUGAGCGUGUGCAGAAGGUGAAGAAGACGAGUAUGGAGCUCCUGCAGCUGCAGCCCAAAGACGAGGAGUUGAGGACGAUGUGAGCGGGAACCUCUGAAACCUCGGACAGAUUUAUUCUCCCUCAGCGUUGCUUCACCUGAACUACUGAAACCGGUGACCCCGCCCACAGCAUGGCUGCCGUCCUCGUGUCCCUGCUGCUGCUCGCGGUGACGGGCGUUUGCCCUCGGACUCUGGUUGUGGUGAACUCUGCCGUGGAGGUCAGCAGAGGGCGCUCGGUUUUCAUCACGAGGGCGGAACUUCAGAUCAGCGUGGACCCGAGCGCCGACUGUAAGGUGGAGGUGGUGAUGAACGAGCCCGUGACUCAGAGGGUCGGGAGGCUGAGCCCACAGGUGUUUGACUGCAGCUUCCUGGAGGACGAGGUGAAGUAUGUCCACGACGGCAGCCCUCUGCUGGACGAGGACGUGGUGAUGCUCAGAGUCUACAGGUUCACGUCCUCGGACACGCAGGUGGAGACGGUGAUCCUGAGGGUCCGGGUGGUAGACUCUGGUGCGGGCGUGGUGGCACUCGGCAACGCUCCGCUGGUCGUUCCCCAGUUCUACGGUUUAUCCAACGCCAUCAACAGCUCUGUGCUGAAUAUCAGGGCCGCGCCUGACCUUGUCUGCACCGUCAGGCUGUUGACCGCAGACACCAGCGUCCCCGCUGCGGGUCGGCUGGUGAGGGAGGAAGACUCCACGCAGAGGAAGGGUCGACAGGCGACGCUCUGCCCAGGAAACAGUCCGUGUCUUCACGACACCACCGAGGUCCGCUUCCUCAAAACCAGCUGCCAUGAAUUCCUGAGCUCUGGCCUCAAGUACCAGCACCUCAGCCCGCCGUCCCCGGAGAUCGACUACGUCCCCGUCAGGGUGGAGCUGAGAGAGCAGGCGAGCAGAGCACUGCUGGAGUCACAGGCCGUGUGGCUGCCGGUUUUGAUCCACGGGGCCAUGCAGAACCAGCCCCCGCAGGCUACCUUCAUGGCCUCUUUCAUCCUGGAGGUAGACCAGUUCAUCCUCACCCCGCUCACCACUGCCACGCUGGACGCCAAGGACCACGAGACUCCGCAGGAGAAGCUGGUCUUCAACGUGACCGUCCCACCCGCCGAGGGCUACAUCACACACCUGGACGACCACACCAAGCCCAUCCAGUCCUUCACAUGGCUGGACCUUCACGAGAUGAAAGUGGCCUACCAGCCAUCCAACAGCAGCCGGGGGCGCCGCAGGAACUAUGAGGUGGAGUUUCAGGUGAUAGACGGCUCCUAUCUGACCAGCCCACCCAUCGUGGUCCACGUCUCCAUCAGGACAUCGGAAACAAAUGCUCCGAGAGUCUCCUGGAACGUGGGUCUAGACCUGUUGGAGGGUCAGUCCCGACCAAUCACCUGGGAGCAGCUGCAGAUAGUCGACAGCGACAACAUUGACGCCGUUUACCUGGUGGCCGUGGACGGACCCGUGCACGGGCGGCUCAGUGUCAGAGGCGGGAAGGCGUUUAUGUUCCGCGUGCGGGACCUGAAGGAGGGCACAGUCGUCUACCACCACUCCGACAGCGACUCCACCCGCGACCACGUCGUCUUCCGCAUCAGCGACGGUCGUCACAGCGUCCGCCACAAGUUCCCCAUCAACAUCCUCCCGAAGGACGACUCUCCGCCCUUCCUCAUCAACAACGUGGCGGUGGAGGUGCAGGAGGGUGGGGCCGUGCGGCUCGAGGAGUUCAUGCUGCUGGCCUCCGACCUCGACUCCAGCGACGACUACAUCCUUUAUCAGGUAGUCUCCGCCCCCCGGGCCGGGCACCUGGUCAGGAGGACAUCCGCCCAUGAGACAGGGUCACCGGUGGCCAGCUUCCUGCAGAGGGACCUGAUCCAGGGUCAUAUCUUCUACCAGCACUCGGGAGAUGAGCAGUUUGAGGACGCCUUCGACUUCACACUGUCUGACAGCCACCGGCCGCCCAACCUGUCGCAGACAUACACGGUGGUGGUGCACGUGUUCCCGGUGGAGGACCAGGUGCCAGUCGAAUUUCCCGGAAGCGUCCGCUCGCUGACAGUGAAGGAGACGGAGGUGGUUUACAUCACCCAGGCUCACCUUCACUUCACAGACCGAGAGCACCCAGAUGCUGACCUCACCUAUGUCAUUACACAGCCCUGCUUCAGCCCGCUACAUCCUGGCCUGAUGGAUGCAGGACGUCUGUUCUACACCGACAGCACCAACGCCAUGAAGAAGGACCACACAGCGCCCGUGCUGAAGUCCUUCACUCAGCAUGCUGUGAACCACAUGAAGGUGGCCUUCAUGCCGCCGGUCGAGGACAUUGGGCCCGAGUCGCUAUUCGUCCAGUUCAUCUUCUCAGUCAGCGAGCACCACGGCGACACCGUCUCCGGCCUCAUCUUCAACAUCACGGUUACCCCUGUCGAUGACCAGGCGCCAGAGGCUUUCACCAACCUGCUUCGGGUGGAGGAGGGCGGCGCGGCCUUCGUGACGGAGGAGCACCUCCUGGUCCGGGACCGGGACAGUCGAGAGGAGGCGCUGAGGGUGGAGAUUCGGAGCACGGCUCGUCACGGCCGGCUGGAGCUGCGGGGCCAAGCGCUGCAGCAGGGAGGCGGGUUUACCCUGCAGGAACUGAGAGGGCUGGGCAUCAGGUACAUCCACGAUGACUCUGAGACCACUGAGGAUGUCGUUGGUCUCAAGGUGUCGGACGGUCUGAACUCUGUGGACGUCGUCCUGCACGUUCAGGUGCUGCCGAUGAACGACGAGCCUCCUCAGCUGGGCGCCCGUCUGCAAGGGGGGCUGAGCUGCGAGGAAGGGGGACGUGUCCAGGUGACGGUGGACUACCUGUCGGCCACCGACCGGGACAGCGACGACUCCGCGCUGACCUACAUGCUCGCCCGGAGACCGAGCAGGGGAGAGCUGCAGCGAGCCGGCGUGACUGUGGACAAGUUCUCCCAGCAGGACGUCCUGCAGGGUCACAUCUACUAUACCCACACAGGCGGGGAGAUCGGACCUGAGCCGGUGUUCGACACGGUCACCCUCAUCAUCUCCGACAGUGAGGCCAGAGGGCCGGACAGCUGCUGCCACGGGGAAGCCCUGCCCCCUCCUGUUCCUCUCCAUGGUACACUUCCUGUUUACGAUCUGAACAUCACAGUUCUUCCUGUCAACGAUAAAGUCCCUGCUGUCACUCUGGGCGAGUCCAUGCUGGUGGUGGAUGAAGGCUCUUCUAUCUGUCUGUGCGGGGGGGUCCUCGGAGCGUCAGACCCAGACAGUCCCCCUGAGCAGCUUGUCUUUCACCUGGAGACUCCUCCCCUUCACGGCUUCCUGGAGAACACGCAGCCGAUGCCCGGCUCCGAAAAGAGCAACGCGGGAGUGCGAGUCGAAUCCUUCACUCUCACACACCUGACCUCUGGCUUCAUCAACUACGUGCAAUCGGAGCACAAAGGGGUGGAGCCAACUGUCGACCAGCUGUCCAUCAGUGUGAGCGACGGGCUGCAUCGCUCCGCCCCCGUCUCCUUCUACAUCAUUAUCAAACCAACCAAUGACGAAACACCAUCGCUGCUGCUCGCCAACUUCACCGUAAAAGAGGGCGGGAUGAGGGAGCUAAUUCCAUCCAUACUGGAUGGUUUUGACUUGGACGCCCCACCUGAGCUGCUCACCUUCACCGUGGUGCAGCCGCCGGCUCACGGCAGCCUGAUUAACAGCAUCCACGGCACGGAGGCGGGAGCUGACCUCCUGCACAGGAGCCUCUCUGUCACCUCUUUCACUCUGCAGGAGCUCCGACAAGGCAUGAGGAUCGUCUACAUGCACGAUGACACAGAAACCCUGAAGGACGCCGUGGCUCUGCGGCUGACAGAUGGUGUCCAUGCAGUCGAGGGAACAGUUCAGGUCACCGUGCUGCUGGUCAACGACGAGAAACCACGACUGCUCAAGAAUGCUGGGCUGCAGGUGGACUCAGGUGAGCUCAGGGUGAUCUCCAGUGUGGUUCUGGAGGCUGAGGACCUGGACACGCCCCCAGAACAGGUGUACUACUUCCUUAAUGUUGCUCCGCGGUUUGGAAAAUUGCAGCUGAAGACGACGUCGGGGUGGAACAAGCUGACGGCGGGUCAGAACUUCACACAGGGCGACGUGGAGAUGAACCGACUGCGGUACCAACACACCGCCGCCACCAACGCAGCCGGCUUUAAAGGUCACGACAGCUUCCGCUUCACCCUCAGCGACCUGGACAACGAGUCUCCGGCUCAGAGCUUCUUCAUCUCUGUGCACGUGAUGCAGAAAGGGGACGUCGUGGUGCUGAGCAGGCCGGUGCACCUGAGGGAGGGGCAGCGUGUCGUCCUGAACACUGACAUCCUGCUGGCAUCAGACUCGACUGGCCGGCCCGAGGAGCUGGUCUACACGGUGUCUGACCCGCCGCGUCACGGCCUCGUCCACGCCGUCCACCGGCCUGGAGUCCCGCUACUCAGCUUCACCCAGCUGGACGUGGCCGCGCACCGAGUCUGCUACACCCACGACAACAGCCAUGAUGCCGAGGCUGACUCCUUCAGUUUUGUUGUUACAAACAGUGACUCGUCUCGCAGCUCCACCCUCCACUUCACCAUCGAGCAUGGUGACCGCAUCCCGCCCACCCUCAGCCGCAACGUUGGCCUCCGGCUGCAGGAUGGCUCCACAGUGACCAUCACUUCGGACCAGCUGCAGCUCACCGACCCCGACACUACCACCGCCAACCUGGGAUACGUCAUCACGCAGCUGCCGCAGCACGGGAAGCUGCUGCUGAGAGGCACGCCGCUACCCUCGCCGCCCCGGUUCUCCCAGACAAACGUGGACGACCUCCACCUGACUUACCAACACGACCCGAGCAGCCCUGCGAAGAUCGACGGGUUCUACUUUAUGCCGAGCGACGGACACAACAGGGGCUACCUGGAGUUUGGGCAGCUGAGGGAGGAGCCUGCUGUGUUUGACAUACAGGUGGAUUGGGUCGACCGGACGCCUCCCACUCUGACCACCAGGGGGAGUCCCAGCACCGUGGUGGAUCUGGGCGGCGGCCGUUACGGAAUCUUCAUCACCAGCAGAGAGCUGCAGGCCUCAGACCCUAACAGCCCCACAGAGGAGCUCGAAUUCUCCAUCAGCAGACCUCCACUCUUAGGAUACCUGGAGAACGCCGCCACAGGGUCGUACAUCAAAGGUCGUUUCACGCAGCGUGACGUGGAUCGGCGAGCCGUGAUGUUCGUCCUCCCCGCUGAUGUGGAAGUGACGUCUGACAGCUUCCUGUUUGUCCUCAGAGAUCCGGCAGGAAACAGCGCGUUGCCUCAGACGCUGGAGCUGUCCUGGUCUCGAGUGGAGCUGUCGGCGACCUGCUACAGAACCUGUGAGACGGCCGGGACACUUCAGAUCCGCGUGCAGCGCAACGGGAGGAGCGCUGACCCGGCCUAUGUCGCCAUCCAGGUGGACGAAGGAUCAGCCAAAGCUGGCAGAGAUUUCACUCACAGCACUGCGAGUCUCAUCCAGUUCGAUCCAGGUGUGAAGGUGAAAACCUGGAACAUUUACCUGAUUGACGACGGCCUGGAAGAAAACCACGAGAGCUUCACGGUCACGCUGAGAAACCCCCAGAACGCCGUCCUGGGACCAAGGAGCUCGGCCACCGUGGAGAUCAUCGACCCCCGCCGAGGAAGCUGUGACCCAGACGACCUGUGGGUAGAAGAUGAUCAGCGCCCCCUUCCUCCUCCUCCUACUCCUCCCCCUCUCCCUCCUCAGCUCCCUGAUCCUCUGCAGCAAGAGGAGGAAGAGGAGGUUCCGGUCAUCAAUAUAGAUGCGGAGCUGCUGUGGGAGAACCAGCCUCACCCGCCCCGAGGAGACGUCCCGAAUCGACAUCACCUGGACUACAAAGAGGUGGAGCCACGAGACCCAGAGCCCCACAGCAAUGGCUACACCCCCCACAGCAGCCACCUAAACAUUCAGCAGCACACUGAAAGCAGUACUGGGAACACUGGGAGCACGGUCCAUCUGUCUGCACAGAGGAGGCCUGAGGACGAGCAGGAGAAGGUUUGGACGUUCCACAGUCUGACUCCUCUCCGGCUGGAGGAGCUGCAACCGGGCGAUGUUGAGUGGAGCUGGUCAGCUCACGGUCGCCCCCUGCAGGAACUCCAAGUUGGAGAUUCUCCUCAGAUGGCUCAUCAAGCUCAGAAACACCAACCCGAGCUCCGCCAGCACAAGGUGGGGAAGUCUGUGAGCAGCUCAUGUCCUGAUGGCUGGACGCACCACAGGAGACGAUGUUACAUCCUCAGCCCGUCCGUGGCGAGCUGGGCCAGCGCCGACAGAACCUGCUCGCUGCUGUUUAACAGCAGCCUGACCGACGUGCACUCCAGGAGAGAUGUGAGCUGGCUGUGGAGGUUUGCAGGGAAGAAGCCAUUUUGGAUCGGUCUGUCUGGAGGUCCAGGACGCUCAUCGUGGGUUGACAGUCGCUCGCUGUCUUCCUCCAGACUGAGGGGGGCGCCGGUGAGCCCCGGUGAGCCCGAGAACAACUCCAACUGCGUGCUGGUUCAAAACCCGAGAAGCUGGAUCUCCACGAGCUGCUCUGCAGAAACUCAGCACUCAUUCAUCUGUUCAUCGCCAGCUCAAACUCACUGAGACAUUCAUAGCCAGUGGCCUUCAUAUUUAACGUGAUGAGGUGAUGCUGCUCUGUACAUUAGUUUCAUACUUUGUCUUAAUAAAGCUGCUGCACAAACACAAAUAUGA